UUACACGUCGCGUUUGAUGCGCAUGCGUGAAACUUCGGCUAGCAACAACGCGACCAAUCCGGACGAGGCACCGAGCGAUUCGAACUUGAACGCGUGCAACGUACGCGUUUCCAUCGUUGGCUCGCGGAACGUUUGCUGACAUUUCGCUCUGUCCCGCCUUCGAGGAUAUCUGAUCAAUCGAGUGUCGAGCUCGCGAGCUGUAGUCGUCGAAGAUACGGGAGAUCGCAGGGAGAACGAACUUGUGGAGCACACGAGUCGUCGACGAGCAGUUUGUGUGACGAGAGACACGUGAAUAACAAACGUAAAUACAACGUGGUAGCUACACGUAAAUUAUUAUGAGCUACUGUUGGAUGGCAUUUUGACAUAUCACAGCGAUUGUUUUUCUCUUUAUGACUUGAAACAGUAUAUAUUUCGUGCACGCUAUACAUCUUGCAGAUUGACAUCAUGACAGAUUUUUGUGACCUACACGCACCACAGUGGGUAGAUUUUAACGAGACUUCCAGUCCGGCACGAAUUCAUGAUUUCUUCGAUAAAGAGCAUAUGGUACACGAACGUAUGGAGGAUCUCUGCGAUUCUUCCGACAAUACAAAGAACGCUCAGCCCAUGUCUCAGUUGGACGUUACGUGCGCUAGCACAAAGGCACAGGCAGACUUGGAUAUUAUAAAGAGUACUCCUAUCAAAGUGAUCUCUCCGAAAAAUCGUAAUAAUAAGGAGGUAAUAGGAGAGACCACUUACGACCAAGUGCUGAGUGAUGCGAUGAGGAAAUUGGAGCUCUGUAAGAAACCACCUAAAAUUCGAGAAGCACUGAACAAAACCACCCACGAGUCGAAUACUUUCAAAACGCCGAAUAAGUCUAAACUCGUUAAAUCGUCCAGAUCUGUCGGCUGUCGCAGCGUAAAGAAUAAAUACGUUCCAUCUGGCCAAGAUUCCCUGAGAAAAUCCACGAAAGUUAACAAAAGUAUCUGCAUGCAAAUCAACGACACAUCUGCAAGUACGAAGGAAAUGUCGGUUAGUCAUGCCCUGUUGAAGCAAGAUGAAAAUCACACUGAGGACGAUGCUUCCAAGAGACCAAACGAUCUAGUAGAUGACACCAAACUUAAGAAAGAAAAACAAAACGAGGAAGACGAUGAGGAAUGUAAUGAGAAAAAUAACGAAGAGCACAAAGAAGAUAAUGAGAAAUUUAACGGGACAGACGAUGAGGAAUGCAAUGAAAAUGACGAAGAGUUGCAAGAAUUAAGAAUUGAGAAUAAAUCAGAAGAAUUAACGGACGACAAUAAGGAAGCCAAGGAAGAGGACAGUCAAGACGAUGUGGACGCUGCGAUCGAGAAUGGUAUUCGAACACCGCCUUUGGAUAGCCAAAUGAUUAUUACCUGGCAGCAUUAUAGACGAAGCUUGAAGACGAAGCCGAAACGCUGCGUGCCAGCUAACAGGAAAUACAUCAGUCUAGCGGAGGCGGUGUCGCGCUUCCAAACUGAGACUCCCGAACGUUUCCGCACCAGAAGCAGUAAGCCGAACGUGAGUAUGUCGGUUAAUAUGUCAAAGCUGACGCAGAACCGUCUGAAAACGACGAUACCGAUUUCGCCGGCGCUCAUGUCGAAAACCAGAACGCGUCCUGUUACCGUGCUGAGCCGAGAAGAGCGCGAGGAAUUGGAAAUUGAGGAGAUGAAGAAAUAUCAAAUAAAGGCUAAUCCAAUACCGCCUAGCGUAUUGCGAAAAUCACGAAUGGUAACAAAAACCGUCGCAAAGAAGUCUACGGCAGCCGUGCGUAAUUCUACACAAUCCAAUGAGAAAGCUUGUGCCACAAACGUGCAUAAAUCCAAAAGUCCGCAGCCACAUCGCGAUAAAGUUUCAUCCGGUCCGAAGAACAUGGUCACGAAGGUGGUAACUGAUCCCUCGGGUAUCACUGUAGAACGUGAGGAGAUAACGUUCUUUGGUGUUCCAAAAGACACCAGUGUCGUGAAGAACGCGACGCGCAUUAUGCCGUUCAGCUUCGAGGCGCGCAACAAGGAUCUGCAGAUGAAAAAGGAACAACGGCUGAAAAGUUUGCAAGAGGCCAACAAUACGAAGACAGAAUUCCAUGCCAGACCAGUGCCAAAUUUCUCAAAGCCACCGACGCCUGUGGGCAAACAGCAGCAGCAGCAGAAUACAAAAAAAUCCAUCUUACCGUGUCCAUUCAGCUUUGAUGAUCGGGACAGGAAAGUAUUUGAAAGAAAGGAGCAGUUGGUGAAACAGAUGCUCGAAGAGGAUAAGCGGGCACGUGUGUUCCGCGCGAAUCCGGCACCGGUCUUCAAACCCGUAAUGGUCCGCGGUAGAUCGAAAGAGCAUCUUUUAGCGAGGGAGAAGAGUACGGUAAGCGAACAGGCGGAAGAUCAGGAAAACAAAGAGCCGAAUGUUGAAUCCAAGGUGAAGAAAGAGCAUAUUCCAAAGUCGACGAACUCCGUUUGCACUGUUGAUAAAGCACAGAAAGCACCGUUAAAAGCUUAUCCGCCGAAAUUGAACACUGAUAAGCGGGCGAGAGAACGAUCCGAGUUUGACGAGAAGAUGAGGCGCAAGGAAAUGGAGGAGGAGGCAAAGCGUCAGGAAGCAGAAAAGAAGAGGCUCGAAUCUGAGAAAGAGAUGAAGGCAAAGCUGCGCAAGCUAACGGAAGUAAAAGCCAGACCGAUGCCGGCGUACAAAGCGCCGAUAAUUGCUAAAGCGACGAAACAGCUGACCGAUCCGCAGAGUCCUGCGUUUGCGAGUAAACUCAGGUCGAAGCGAACAUGAACGUGACACGUUGAUCAGAAUAUUUUGCUUCAAAAUUGUGUAAUAUUAUAACUCGUCCUGUACAUUUAUAUAAAGAUUACAACACAGUAUAACGUUAUGGAAGAAUAAAAAAAGGUAGCUUAGAU